AUGGCUAACCCCGAACCACGCUUGAUCAUCAUCGGAGGCGGUGUGGCCGCAAUUGCGCUGGGAGUGAAAUUGAAGACUCAGUUGGGCUUCAACAACUUUAUCGCCUACGAGAAAGAAGCCGGAAUCGGCGGCGUCUGGCGCACAAACACGUAUCCCGGCGUCGGCUGCGAUGUGGACUCACACCUGUACUCGUUUUCCUUCAACCUGAAUCCCAACUGGUCCCGACGAUUCGCCGAUCAGGCCGAGAUCCUCCAGUACAUGGAGGACACGGUGGACAAGUUCGACAUUCGUGACCACUUCGUGCUAAACACCAAAGUCGCAGAAGCAACAUGGAUAGAAGACGAGGCGGUAUGGGAAGUCCAACUCGUUGAUCUCGUGACGGGAUAUCGAUACACGAAAAAGGCCGAGUUCCUGGUCUCGGGCUGCGGCGUCCAGUCGUAUCCCAAACCCUGCGAUAUCCCUGGCCAUGAGAAAUUCACAGGCGCCAUGUGGCACUCGGCCAGAUGGAACCACGACUAUGAUCUGAAGAACAAGCGAGUGGCCGUGAUUGGGAACGGCUGCUCAGCCGCGCAGUUGGUGCCGUAUGUGGUCAAGGACGCAGCAUAUGUCUACCAGUUCCAACGAUCGCCUCAAUGGAUCAACGAGCGGCCCAACAAGGAGUUCUCGACGUUUCAAAAGCUGUGCUUCCAGUACGUACCUCUGUGGCAGCGGCUCUAUCGAUUCUAUCUUUGGAAAACAACUGAUGCACUGCACGAGCUCUACACUUCAGACACCAAACACGCUGUAGCGGCCCGUGAAGCUGCAACGCGCGAGACUAUCGAGUACAUGAAGAAGACGGCGCCGGCCAAAUACCACAAGAUCCUGAUUCCAGACUUCCCGCUGGGUUGUAAACGUCGCGUUUUCAAUCCCGGGUGGCUUGAGUGUCUGCACAGCCCCAAUCUUGAACUCACGACGGAGAGGAUCCUUGAGAUUACCGAGACGGGACUCCGGACGAGCGAGAGGACGAUUGACGUUGACGCCAUCAUCCUGUCGACGGGGUACAACAUGCAGGAAUUCCUUUCCCCGAUCAAGGUGACGGGACGCAACGGCAAGACCCUCUCGGAGCACUGGAAGGAAACCCGCGGCGCUCAGGCGUACAAGGGCACGUUUGUCAGUGGGUUCCCCAACUUUGGCAUCGUCUUCGGGCCCAAUGCCUUCCCUGCGCAUAACUCUGUCAUCUACACGGACGAGGUCCAGGUCGAAUUCAUCAUCAAGACGGUGAUCCGGCCGGUGCUCGCGGGCCACUUCAAGGUCAUCGACAUCAAAGACUCGGCCGAGAUGUUGGACGCCAACCACGUCCAGCGCAAGUUGCAGAGCAUGGUCUGGAGUGCCAACUGUGUGAACUGGAACCGCGACGAUCGCGGCAGAAACACGACAAACUACUUCGACACGACCUGGAUGUUCUGGUACCGGCUGUACUGGCCCGUCUGGAAGGACUAUACCAUCUCCGGCGGUAAAGGCACCCACCCCGUGCAUCCGCUGUGGAAGCUAGCCGCCAGCGUCCUGGGCGCUGGCUGUCUGGCCGAGGUGGCCUGGCACUUUUCUCCUACUCUGGUGCAGUCGUUCUCGACACUGCACAAGCUGGGUCUCUAG